AUGGCGGACCGUGCCGAUGGUACUGCUUCUCGUCCGUUUCCAUGUAGUGAGUGCUCAAAGACGUUUACGCGGAGUGAGAAUCUCAAAAGACACAAGCUUGCCCGACACGGCGGUGCUUCCCGGAAGGCCUUCGAGUGCGCUGGAUGCCAUGCCCGAUUUUCACGGAGUGAUGUAUAUAAGCGGCAUUGCCAUCGUUGUCGACUCCUGGAUCAAUUCGGCCUGGCAAGUCGGAGUGGUUCUAGUCCACCAGAAAUAGCAGAGACCAUUGCCUCUCUCGUGGCUCCGGAGGCCUUGUUGAACCCACAACAUAGCCCGGAGAAUAUCCCAUUUGACGAUGCGUCUUCACGAGCGCAGCCCGCGUAUUCGACAUCUGUGGACAAUGGGGAUACGGCAUCGUAUAUCAAGGCUUAUUUUGACAAUUUUCAUCCAGCCUUUCCUUUACUACAUCGGCCGACCUUCUCCAUCUCCUCCUCGCCUGAGCUUUUGAUUAAUAUCGUUGCAGUUAUUGGGAGUUUAUACUCAAGUGACCCGGAAGCAUCUGCCCAAUGGUGUCAAAAUACCUGGAAGCGUGGAAGCCAGCAGCUUUACGACAUGGUUACCGCUGAUGAUAGCGAAGUUCGAAAGACUUGGGUUUUACAGGCCGGCAUCCUCCAUAUUAUCUACGGGGCCUACUCGAAGGACUCCGCUGAAUUUGCCGCCGCCAAACGCCUGCUGCGGACUAUUGUUGACGCCAUACGGGAGCUGGGGUUGCUGAUACAGGGCAUUGCAGCGCCGGACUACCUAUCUUGUGCAUCUCAAAGAAACGACCUGGGUGCCCAAGUUGACCCAGAAACCCCGUACAUGCGGUGGACGUCCUAUAUCCACAACGAGUCGCUCAAAGUUUCACUCUACGCUCUGGUACUCGUGGACUCGUAUGUCUUUCUACCGUCCAAUUCACGGCCCUUACUCUCGCCAAUGGAGUUCGCGUGGGAACUCCCCUUCCCAAGCGAUUUGUGGGAGGCUCAAAACUCGCAAGUCUGGCUCCAGAGAGUAUCCGAACACUUUGGGACGCUGUCGGAGGACUACCUAUACAGUCCUCGCCGGAUAGCAACGGCCUCGCUUUCAAUCGCUACCCAGCAGCUCAUGACCGAAUCCCCGAGCCCCGAACUCCUCGCUGCCCUGGCCGCAUCACCGUUCGCAACAUUAUGUCUCCUUGUAAAUAUAAAUACACUAAUACGAGACUUUACCCGGUGUUACUACCAAAUGCCCCCAAGCCCGGCCGAUCCAUCCGCAUUCCAUAUCCUCACCCAGGCCCAGAACAAACAAGUAUACAGUGCGAUGAGGGUGAUUUCGAGCAUCGUCAAGGACCAAGCGUGCACGGCCGAAACCCCGCAUUUCGUGCUCUGGCGCACGAUUGAGACUUUUUACUGUUUUGUUAAAAUCAGCCUCUGCCGUCCGGACCCCCUCCUUAUCGGCGGUAUUGUGGAUAACAGUGUCGUUGCGGGAUUGGCGACCUCGACGCAUCUCACCCUCGGAAACUAUGUCGCUGUUAGACGGUCCGCUCCGUUACUCCAGCCUCAUCUGUGGGGUGAUGAAGGUAUUCUGGCACUCCUGGGGGAUCUCGCGGGUGCGCUGUGCAGAAUAGUUGGCGAGGGGGGUGAAGGUCGAUGCCGUGAACCGCCCUGGGCGACGGCGAGCAGCUAUGGGAUCAUGUUGUGCAUGUGGGCGGCGCUGAGGCGGGCCGGGAAGGAUAUUCGGAACCAUUUGGAUACGUUCAAUGAGCUGCCUAGGACGUCGGAGUCGGCGAUGUUGAUUUUCAAUACGCUUGUUGAGGCUGUGGCAGGAGCUGGUGGGGGAGGGCGAGAUCCCCGGAUCUGGUCUACGGAUAGGGACAGCUUUGUUGGUCUGCUUGAACAGGGGGAGGGCUUAUACCUGUCUCUUAUGCAGAGGGCGUGCAGGGACAGGUCGGUUUGGGGUCUCGGGUCGUCUAUGGUAACUGUCGUAGAGGAAGUGUUGGCUGCUCCGCCGAGCACGGGCCUGGCGUGA